UUGUGAUACUGGUUCCUGUGUUCCAGGGGUGACCAUGACAGUGUGCAAUGGCCUGCCCCAGCUGACUGUGCCACUGCCCUCUCGCCGUGACCUGUGCAGGUUCACCCUGAGGCCUGUGACCCACACAGUGCAGGAUUUGAUCAACCAGCUCACCCACGAAGACCAUGGGAUUGAUCGCAUUGUGCUCAGAACCACAGGUGGAGUGAGAAUCUCCUCUUCUGAUAGCAUCGAAUCCCUGCUAAUGAGUGACUUUGAACUUGUUAUCAACGACACAUCAUAUCGAGUCGAAGUUCCCACUGGUCAGAAACUUACACUGAUGGAAACCCAUACCAUCUUACAGGAAGAGAUAAGUGAUAUGGGAGAUGUUCGUCAGCUAGUGAAUAAGCUCUACAUGGCCCUCAACAUCGACCAGCAUCAAGUGAUGAAGGAGCGUGACAUUGUUGCUCAGAUUGAGGAACUGAAAGCUCAGCUGGCACCAUUGGAGAAGAAACGUGAAGAUUUGGUGACAGCUGCUGAGCGUCGCACUAGCAUCUUGACAUGGGCUGGACUUGGAUACAUGGCUCUCCAGUUUGGUUUCCUAGCCAGACUGACCUGGUGGGAAUACUCAUGGGAUAUCAUGGAGCCUGUUACAUACUUUGUGACAUAUGGCACAGCAAUAGGAGCUUAUGCCUACUAUGUUGUAACAAAACAGGACUUUGUGCUCCCUGAUGUCCGUGACCGUCAGUUCCUACUGAGCUUCCACAAGAAAGCCAAGAAGUUGGGAAUGGACGUUUCCCAUUACAACGACCUCAAAAACCAGUUGGCCGAGUUGGAGUCAGACUUGCGAAGGCUCCGUGACCCCUUGGCUCUCAACCUACCUCACUCUGCCCUUAAGACUCCCCCAACUGCACAAGCCCCUCUUGCAAAGGCACAAAAGCACAUCAAAAAUUUGUUGGGACUUAAGGAUGAAAAGAAGUAGCUUUAACAAACAAAAUGUCUAGGAAAAUCAAUGAAAACUUUUUUUGUAGAUUGUAGAUUAAAAACAGGUAUACUUUUAACUACAAGAUGUCAUAAUGCACAAAGUUGCUCAGUUAAUUCUUAGCAACAUUCAACAAAUAGUAAAGAAUUAGAUGACAGUUAUCCAUCUGUAUUUUGCUAUGGCAAGCCAGUGGAGACAGUAAGUAAUGGGAAAACAUAGUGGAAAGAUCUUGUAUGGGAACUGCCAAUCUACAAUUUAAAGAAGUACUUUGGAAACAGUUAUGUACAGAAUAUUUUUCAUUAUCAGAUUAGGAGCCUGGAUGUAUUAUUUCAGAAAGAAAAAUUUCCUCUUUGAACUAAUCUAGUGGUAUGAUUAUACAGAUUACAUGAAAACAAGAACAUUUAUUGAAUUUAUGA